CAUUGAGUUUGGACUUUAUAAUAAAAUAUAACAUGUCUUCGAUGUUUCAAGCAAGCAAGCAAUUGCAGGCAAUUCGUAAUCAAUUAAAACAAAUGGAUAAACAGUACAGAGAUGGAUUUAAGACAGAAUAUAUGGAGGAUUCUUCCGAAGCAAAAAAUGAUGAUUCAAAUCAACUUCGUUCUUUGGAAUUUGCUAACAAGGCUGGGACGAAUGAGGAAACAUCGGAUAGUACUUCUGCUACGCAAAGCAUCACAGAAUCAUCGAACGUGCAGUCGCUUUUGGCAGGGCAAAGUUAUUCACCUGUUACUGAAUUUGAGCAUGUCGAAUCUGUGCUUUCCACACUAAUAGAGGAUUCACACGGAGACUCGCAGGAAAUUAUGCCUCUAUCCCAUGAAUUACGCCAAGCCAUUACAAAUAUGGAAGACAUUGAAGAUGUUGACAGCCUAAUUGGCGAUGUCAUGAACUCGGUCCAGAUUGAUUCAUCGUAUGAUGAGGAUCUUCAUUGUAUUGAACAGGCCGUGACAUGCACAAUAAGCAAGACCAACAGUGAAGGGAAUCAACCAGUGACAUUUUCGUCGAAAGAAGAAGAAAGAACGUGGAAAAAGGAAAGAAUUAAGAAGGACAACCAUAAUAUUAUUGAGCGAAGGCGAAGAUACAACAUCAACGACAGAAUUAAAGAAUUAGCAACACUUUUACCACCAAAUACACAUCCAGCAAUGAAAUUGAACAAAGGUUCUAUUCUAAAAGCGUCAGUGGAAUAUGUGAAGGAAUUGAAAAAGGACAAACAGAAACUUAUUUCUUUUGAAGCCAAUCAGAAAGCGAUGGAAGCUAAAUACCAGAAAAUGUUGAUAAGAAUAUUUCAACUUGAACUGAAAAUGAAAUUAUAUGGAUUAACGGAAGAUAUUGAUCGUAGUCAGACAAAGAGGAAGAAGCGACCCAGAAGAAGGCUUUGCGAAAUUGAUGCCAUGGUGGAGGAUCUAAUGAAAAACAGCCUGCCAGAAGCAACGAAAUCCGAUGGAAAAUCAAUGAAUCAAACGGUUGAUAAACAAUCGACUGCAGACAUUCAACAUUCAAGUAAAAUCACAGCAAAGUCGGCAAAAACAGGGUUGAGAAACUUUAUUAGCAAGAAGUUAGCAUGCGAUAGCACAAAAAACAGGAAUCAAAUCAAAACAUCGAACAGUUCACCAAAACUGGAAAUUGGAGCCCCCCGUCAAUAUUCCAAUUCAAGAUCUGAAGAGAAUGGGAAUAUAAAUCACGUUGAGAAAAACAUCAACCAACCCUCUACGCUAUCACCUGAAACUCCGAUAAAUAUUGUUCAAAUUCCUGAACAAACCGAAGCAUCAAAUCAUGAGCAUACAAGUUAUUCACUUUUCCAUUCUCCAUCAAGUGCUGAAUUGAGCUUAGAUCAAUGCAAUCUUUUGCUAGAUUUGUUUGGAGCAGACAAUAUGACAAUACUUCAACCGGAAUCAGAGGCUGAAGUCACCCCCGUCUCUUCUCCAUCUCAAAUUGAAGACAAGUGCACGUCUCCGGUUCUAUCCCCCGUUACACUGACGACAAAUUUGCUUGAAGCAUUACUUCGGAAGUCCGAUGGAAGCUCAUCUUCUUCAGAGACGAAUUCUUUGGAAACAUCCACAGAAAGUACAUAAUGGCUUAAAAACAUUUUAAAGAUUGUUUCACAGAAAACUUUAUCCAUGAACAGUUCAUAUGACUCAACCUUGACCUUUAAAUAAGACAAUCAAUCAGUAAUAGAGAAUAGAAUCACAGUUGUAGCGUUUCAGUAAUCAUAUAGGAUAAUAUUUAAAUAUAUACGAAGCUCACUUUUGUUUGUAUACAUAAAAAAGAAUUUAUUUUUUGGAAGUAUCUCAUUUUUUUAUGUAUAUAUUCUUUCAUUAAAGUGUACUGAAAACCAUGACCUCAUUCACAACAUGGAGACUCAUUAAAACACCAUGAAUUAAAUCACUCACGAUCUGGUUCGAAACGAGAAUUUUCUUGGUUACAUAAAAGUUCCACAUAUGACACAGAGUCGCAACGGCAAUAAAUAUCUCAAAAGAAAAGCCAGAAAUGUACUAUUAACACCGUUUCAUAACAGGAAAAGUCAAGUCAACAAAUUUCAUAACACCCAGACACGCAUCAAAAAUCCUGAAUAAGCUCCAUGCUGCGUUUUAAAGUUCAUCGUCGUUUAUUUUAAAUAGAUAAUCCCGUUCUUAUCUCGUCAGUCUCAAAUAUCUUAACAUGUCAUUUUUUUUUAAAUGACGAAGAAUAUUUGUAAAUAUAGUCUUACAGUGAUUAGCAUUUUCAUAACUUUAUUCGGAUGUAGUGAUUUACGAGUUUUGCCUCCUGUAUCACUAAUAAAUUUCUUCCUUUGAUAUACUGUUGAAAUUUAAUACCGGUAAUGUAACUUUGACAUUCAAUAGCCCAAUUUACUAUUCGUUAUCAAAUUGCCUCAUAUACCGUUAUAUUUAGCACUUCUAAGUAUAAAAAAUCUUUCUCAGUUUUGUAGAGAGUUUAUUUUGCAGAGUGCUCAAUUUUUAAAUAUAUUUACCCUCUCUAUAUAAAUGGAGUGCUCCGAAUUCAUACGAUGGAUACAUGAAUCUAAGAAUAAAGAAAGAUCGGUCAUCCCUCACUCACACGCCCAUUUAACUACAGUGUGUACUAGAUUAUGGACACUGCCAAUACAUCAGCCUCAGUAUUAUAUGUCUGUGGUAUACAGCAUAUUACUUUACAUUUACAUAACUGCCUCUUAUGUUACAACUUUAAAUUGUAAUCUUUUAUUUUUAUAUUUUUGUAUAUAUU